AUGCCUGCUGAUGAGAGAGCGGGAUCAGCGGAAAAUGCAGAGAGCAGAGAAGAGGAUGAGCCGCCCGCACUACCCUCCACCUCCGGAAGGGCAGCCCGACAAACCCAUGCCCCACAAAUGGACCAUCCCUCUUCGAAAGCCAGAAAAUACAGAGAGGAAUACAUAAACUAUGGUUUCACGUGCAUUGUUAUAAAUCAAGUACAACACCCUCAGUGCGUUGUGUGCUCCGAAGUCCUCGCACAUGAGAGUCUGAAGCCCGUGAAAAUGCAAAGACACCUGAAAACCAAACACCCCAGCCUCGCAGAUAAACCCACUGACUUUUUCCGCAGAAAGGAGAAAGAGUUACAGGGACAAAAGAAAGUCCUUAUUAAACAGACAACUAUCCCCGCUAAGGCUCAGAGGGCUUCAUUUGAGGUGUCACAUUUGAUUGCACAGACCAAAAAGCCACACACAAUUGGAGAAACUUUAAUAAAACCAGCAGCAAUAGUUAUGAGUCGCGUCAUGCAUGGAGAUAAACUGGCCGCUGAGCUGGAACAAGUGCCGCUCUCUGAUGGGACUGUAUCCCGCCACAUUACAGACAUGGCUCAGGAUAUCAAGUGUCAACUGAUUGACAGAGUGAAGAAAAGUGGGAGGUACUCCUUACAACUGGAUGAAUCCACAGACGUGUCCAGCAUCGCUCAACUCCUUGUAUUUGUCAGAUAUAUUUUUGAGGGGAAACUACAUGAGGAGAUGUUAUUUUGUACGCAACUGGAGGGGUCAUGCACGGGCGAUGACAUUUUCAAUAAACUGGACAGCAAACUUAAAGAUGAAGGACUAUCUUGGGGCGAGUGCAUAUCCGUGUGCACAGACGGAGCUGGGGCAAUGCUGGGAAAAAAGAAAAGGACUAAAGGCACGAGUCCUCCAAGUUGCACCUCACCUCAAUUUCACACACUAACACAAAGGCCUGCUCCUGCACACAGAAGUCAGGUGGCUGUCGUGAGGAAAUGUGCGAGGAGACGCCUGUACGAUCUGCGGGAUGAGGUGCGCAUUUUCCUCACAGAACAAAGAUCCCCACUUGCUGAGCAUCUGUCUGAUCCUGACUGGGUGACAAGACUGGCAUAUUUGUCAUGUAUUUUUGAAAAACUCAACGGACUUAAUGUGUCCCUGCAAGGUGAAAACACAAACAUCUUGUACCUUAAUGAUAAAGUGCAGGCAUUUGCGAGAAAGCUGGUGCGUUGGAGAGAGAGAGUGGAAAUGGGAUGCAUAGACAUGUUUUCUGAACUGGAAGAAUUCAUGGAGGAAAAUGCACUCAGUGUUAACAGCAUAAAGGGGUCUAUUACGGCUCACCUUCAGUCCCUUUUGGAUCACUUUCAUAAGUAUUUCCCUGAAGGAGACGCUCUCGACCAAUAUGACUGGAUAAGGUCACCAUUCAAUGUAACUGCGGCAAAUCAUCUGGCGUCAGAUAUGGAAGAUGCGCUGAUAGAACUUUCAACCGAUCGAACCCUAAGGACGGCAUUUGACGGCAAGACGCUCGAUGAGUUCUGGGUUUCUGUCGCGCUGGAAUAUCCACAGUUGUCGAAAGCCGCGUUGGAUGUACUCAUGCAAUUUGGCUCAACGUAUUUAUGCGAAAAGACAUUCUCCGCGCUGACUUACAUUAAGAAUAAACACAGGUCACGGCUUAACGUGGAAGAUGAUCUGCGGGUGGCGAUCUCCAAAAUUGAACCUAGAAUGGACCUGCUUUGCUCCACGCACAGCGCCCAUCCAUCACAUUAG